AUGCUCACUGUAAGACUAUCGGCUACUAAUGAUCCAACGGCCCCAAAGAAAGGAAAAGUCGUCAAGGAAGAAAACACAGUCUCGCUCGGUCCUCAGGUUGCCGAGGGUGAGCUCGUCUUUGGGGUCGCUCACAUCUUUGCCUCCUUCAACGACACCUUUGUGCACGUCACCGAUUUAUCUGGAAAGGAAACAAUCUCCCGUGUUACUGGUGGAAUGAAAGUCAAGGCCGACCGCGACGAGAGCUCUCCUUACGCUGCCAUGUUGGCUGCGCAGGACGUUGCUACUCGAUGCCGUGAAAUAGGUAUCACAGCUCUCCAUGUCAAGCUCCGUGCCACUGGAGGAACUGGUACCAAAACCCCUGGACCGGGUGCACAGAGCGCUCUCCGUGCACUGGCUCGUGCUGGAAUGCGCAUUGGGCGGAUUGAGGAUGUUACACCUGUCCCUACUGACUCUACUCGUCGCAAGGGUGGUCGUCGUGGUCGUCGUCUGUGACCAGCCUAUCUUUUUUAUCUCUGGUUGUGUCUCCGUAUGUAGGAACAUUGUCAAUAUAUUUGCACGACUUUCCUUGAGGGUUUUGACCCUCUUGGAAGGAUCAGUUGCCAGACCAGCGCAGCAGGUUCAUCCUUUUGAACCUGUCCCGCAGUCUCUUUACAUCGUAAUAUUGGGACGAAAUGUAAUAAUUCUGAGAUUUGCGUGUGUGUAGAACCACUGGUGGUAUGAAUGUGUUCGAAUUGGCGCUUGAAGCUUGAAGUUGAAUCACGAUGUUCGUUU